GAAGCUUUGUGGUGUGACUGCUGGCUCAAAGUUUUUGCAGGGGAUAAAAAGUUGAAAAAAAAGGCGACCAUGGACACUGGUAAUGUAAGUAGUUCUGGUUGAUGCCUUCAAAUAUUUUUUAUUUAUGUUCAAAUAAUUUAUUUAUAUUUCUAUUUUCCUGGUAAGGCCUCAUUUGAAGAGAUGAAUCUGUUACUCGAUGUAGGGAAGAACUGCAGUGUUGAAACCAUCGGAUUUCAUUUUGCUUGUUGUAGAUGGAGUUAUUGAAGUGGUGAUUGUUCUUGGAGCUUGUGUAUAGUAUAGAUUACUCAGUAUAUAUUACUAGAUUUCUUUUCGACUUAUUAAUCAUAUUCUUCUUUUUCUAUCUCCCAAAAAUUCAAAUAACAUGACAUCUAGAAUUUAGAAAGUGGACAUGGCACUAGACAUGGGUGGCAAACUAAUGAUUGAAUAAGACAAUCUAGGGUAAUUAAAUCAGCCUUUUCCUUCUACACAUCUCAACCUCUUUUUAUACUCAAUCUCUUGAUAGAACAACAGUUCUCAUUGGCCUCACCCUCUGCAUCUGCAUCUCGGUAGAAAUGAAUACAUUGAAAUCUUCAUUCUUAUUAGCAUCAAUGGUGAUGCUAUUUAGGUUAUCAGGGUGUGAUAACUCCAAGGACAAAGAAGCAUGUGCAGAGUCAUUGGUGGGAUUAGCAACAUGUUUGCCUUAUGUUGGAGGAACUGCAAAAUCCCCAACACCAGAUUGCUGCAAUGGUCUCAAGCAGCUUCUUAAGACCAACAAAAAGUGUCUGUGUGUGGUUAUUAAGGAUAGAAAUGAUCCUGAUUUGGGCCUCAAUAUUAAUGUCACACUUGCUUUGUCUCUCCCUCAUGUUUGUAAUGCUCCGGCUAAUAUUUCCCAGUGCCCCGCUCUCCUCAACUUGCCCCCAAAUUCACCAGAUGCUCAGGUUUUUUACCAACUUGAGAAAAAUAGCAGCAGUGUUGCUGGAGCGGUUCCUCCCAAUCCAAGCAGUGCCCCUGCCGGAGCUCCGACGUCUCAGCCGAAAAACGGUGGUUGUGACAAAGGGCUGCUUCUUGCGGGAUUACUUUUACUGCCGGCAUUGCUGCUCUCAUCAUUGUUGCUGUAAAGUAAAAACACGACAAAAUUCUACUAACACUUUGAAACUAAACUAUUAAGUCUAUAAUAAAGUACCAUGUUUUUUGUUCAAGUUUGCAUUCACGGGAUUUGUCUUGUAAAUGCUAAUGUCCAUAAUUUUCUUUGUUAAUAAAGUGAUUCAUCUUUUCGAAUUUA